GUGAAAUAUUAAGAAUGGUUUGAGAAACAUGUAUAGAAAAAUGAUUUGCAUCUUAGGUGGUCUAUAAGAGCAAUCAUGCUGUCAAAACAAACACAGAAUACAUCACACAAGUCAUACGGACUACAUUUACAAUACAGUUUUUCUCUUGAAGCGUGAAAAAAUUACAUGUAGACUGAUUUCACAACACUGCAACCUUCUGAAUUUUGUUCUAGGUGGAAGUAUGCCAAGAUUUCUCUUUAAGCAGUCCAGAUUAUGUCCUGGAAUUUUUGGCUCCUCCCACUGCAUUGAUUAUAAGUAGUAGUACAGUCGUGUCCUGGUGUUACAUACAUUUCUGUGACUGUGGCUAUAAUGGAAGUGUUUCUUCAGCAGAUUUCCAGCACAGGUAUAAUACUUGCUGCUGUGUUGUUGUUUUUGCUUAUGUAUUUGUUUUCCAUCAGCUCCAGCUCUCACAAUGAAGAAAAAGAGCCUCCAGGUCCCAAACCAUUACCACUGCUGGGAAACCUGCUCAUGCUGGACCUGAAGCAAACCCACGUGAGUCUUACCAAGCUUUCAAAACAAUAUGGGUCGGUUUACACUGUGUACUUUGGCCCCAAAAAAGUCAUAGUAUUGGCAGGAUACAAGGCCGUCAAACAGGCACUCGUGAACCUUUCAGAGGAGUUUGGAGACAGAGAUAUCACCCCUAUAUUUCAUGAUUUUAAUCAGGGAAUGGGGAUUGCGUUUUCCAAUGGUGACAACUGGAGAGAAAUGAGACGCUUUGCUCUCUCAAACCUACGAGACUUUGGAAUGGGAAAGAGAAAAAUUGAGGAAAAAAUCAUUGCGGAAUCUCAGUUUUUAAAAGAAAAAUUUGAGACGUUUAAAGGAAAAGCAUUUGAUUCAUCACAGCCCGUGAGUUUCGCUGUAUCAAAUAUCAUCUCAUCCAUUGUCUACGGCAACAGAUUCGAUUACAGCGACUCUCGCUUACAUGAAAUGGUAAAUCGAGCAUAUGAAAACAUGAAACUGACAGGUUCAGCUUCAAUUCAGCUUUAUAACUUGUUCCCUUGGCUUCGACCUUUUGUGAAGAAUCAGCAGCGUAUAGUAAACAACCUCCAGGAGAACUACAAAGAAAGUGACAAAAUAUUACACGAUCUCAAGAAGACUUUAAACCCUCAGGAACCCAGAGGAUUUGCUGAGUCUUUCCUUAUACGGCAACAACAAGACAAGGACUCUGGAGAAACUGGGAGUUUUUUCCAUAUGAAGAAUCUGUUUUAUACAAUAAACAACCUGUUUGCUGCUGGUACCGACACUACGAGUACAACACUACGCUGGAGUCUUCUGCUAAUAACUAAAUAUCCUGAAAUACAAGCCAAGGUACAGGAGGAGAUUGACAAAGUGAUCGGUGGACGUCAGCCUGUGGUGGAUGACAGGAAGAAUUUGCAUUACACAGAUGCUGUGAUCCAUGAAGUACAGAGAUUUGCCAGCAUAGCUCCCAUAUGUCCCCCCCGCAAGACCACCUGUGACGUUCACCUUAAUGGAUACUUCAUCAAGAAGGGCACCAGUGUGUUCCCACUUUUGAUAACUGUGUUGAAAGAUGAAAGCGAGUGGGAGACGCCCCACACCUUCAAUCCAGGACACUUUCUGAAUGAGGAGGGACACUUUAUCAAACGAGAUGCUUUCUUGCCCUUCUCUGCAGGCCGCAGAGUUUGUCUAGGGGAGGGUUUGGCCCGGAUGGAGCUCUUUCUCUUCUUCACUUCUCUCCUUCAGUAUUUUCGUUUCACUCCUCCUCCUGGAGUAUCUGAAGAUGAAUUGGAUCUCACUCCAGUUGUUGGCUUCACAUUGAAUCCAUCACCUCACGAACUGUGUGCAGUCAAACGGUUUUGAUUUCUGUGGCUCUGCAAAUGGACUCAAAGCUAUGAUUUCAAGGGGGUGGAGCUGAAUAAUGCCAUACAAUAAGAGCAUAACCAGAUCUUGAACUUGGGGGAGGAGGCAAAACAUUCAGGCCUAUAUGUGUAUUUUGUAUAUGUAUAUUAAAAAUAUCACAUUUCUGAUUAUUGGGGAGAGGACAUGUCCCCCUCACUGUCUAUUGUGGUUAUGAUGAUUAGAGCCCACCACUUCACAUCUUUGUUCUGCAUCUGUGGCUUUUUUUUGCCAAAUUCUAUAAAAAAUGCUCUUUGUGGCAGUCAUACCUUUGUGUGUGUGUGUGAUUGAGCAUGUCUUUUCUAUAUUGCAUUUUUGCUCUAGUACAAGGCCUUUUUUUCUGUGUGGAAAUUUUCAGAUUUAUUCUGGAUGCAUUGAGGUUUUUUGUAUUUCCCAUUCAUUUUCAAUUGGGGUCAUAUAGAGGGUAUGCACGUGAUGUCACCUUCGGCGAAAGUGACUGUGGUUACGUCCACUGAGUGGCAAAAAGUCUGAGCCACAGCAUUAGCAUGUAACGUGGAAAAGGCUUCUAAAAAUGGGGGAAAAGGUAAAUAGACUGCAUUUAUAUAGCGCUUUAACAGACCUAUGGCCAUCCAAAGCGCUUUACAAGUUUGCCUCACAUUCACCCAUUCACUUACACAUUCAUACACCGACGUUGUUGUCUGGUUGACUGUGCAAACAGAUUUAACAAGAAUUUGUAGUGAUCGUUUAGUAGUAUUAGGCAGGACAAACAUAUAUGUCAGGAAAAGAGAUGUCUGGUCACAUGCCAAGUGCUGCAUCCGAAACUGCCUACUUCCAUACUAUAUGGUACGCGAAAAGCAGUAGGCGUGGCAAGUAGUAUGUCCAAAUACAUAGUAUCGAAAAACAGUAUGCGAAAAGUACCCGGAUGACCUACUACUUCCGGUUAGUUUUUGCAGUGUGCAUACGAUGGACACUUCACUAUCCCAUGAUGCACCGGGAGAGGAGUUAACCAACGAAGAAGACGACGCAUAGGCUGAAUGACAUGACGUAAUAACGACAUAUGUCAAGUGAUGUAGCAACAAGGCGAAUGUAGUACGUCCGAAUCUCAUUCAUACUACCAGGAUUCAUACUAUACACUACCUACUGUUUUAACGGUAAGUAGGUACUUCAUCUCAUUCAGUACCAACUAUACAGUACGCGGUUUCGGACGCAGCCAAGGUCUCCGGACUAAUGGUUGUUUAAGGGUUGCUGUCAAGGUCAACUUAAUUAAAUUUAAGCUGAAAAUAAUUUGUUAUACUGCCGUUUUCUUUUAAAACCCAGCCAUUUUGUUUAAUGUUUUGGCACUCAUUCUUUCGGGGAAGAGGCAUCUUCCUGCAUGUGACGUCAAUGCAUAUCCUCUAUUGACCCCCAAGACCUCUUUUGUUAUAAAGAACCACUGAGCCAAGCCCAGUUUUUUAUAUGAAUAGUGACAGAUAAUGUAGAAAAGUAACAAAAUCUUAUUCCACUGAGAUGAAGGGAACCAUUUUUUUUAACUAAAGAAAAGUGGCUUGGGGGUCAUUUUGACACCAAGGGACUUAUAAGGUUAAAGCAAUGUAAUAAAUAUGCUUGUGUUGUAAUUUUGGUAUGUCUGUGAUAAAGUUUGCCAAAUCGAAAUAUUCAUAUGGAAAUAAUCAAACAGAAUAAUUUUUUUGGAGUGAAGAGAUGUUAUUUUCCUCAGCAAAAUGAUGGGAAUUUAAGCUGUUACAGUUUCAAGGUUUAAAAAUGAGCCAAUUCUUCUAUGAAAACUACACUACUGUUGUAACUACUAUUGUCAACACACAUCAUGUUUGCUUAUUUUGGUUGAUUCAUAAUCAAAAUAAAAA